ACCCAUUCGCUAUUGGAAAGUAUGCGCGUGAGUUCAUUAAUCGCUAGAAGUCCACUGUUUGUGGCUCAGAUUAGCCUUAAAAUGCACGAAGCUCAUUUUAUUCCGUCUCGUAGCUUUAAACAGCUUCUGGGUCGUAGUUUUAUGAAUUUGCAGAUGAAAGAAAACCACUUGGCGAUGGAGCAGAAGGCGGUAAAAAUCACAGAAGUUCUGCCGGACGUAAAAUCGGAACCGGCGUUGGUGGGAGAACAGGCCGAGACCGAGAAAGGAAAACGUAAAAGCGAGGAUGAACCGGAGACGAGCGGCGGCGGUAAGAGGAGGAGAGGAACGGGAGGAAAGAAGCUCCGGCCGGGCGACAGAUACGUCCCGCCGCCGCAGAAACGCAACCCGGGCGUCAGUUUCAGCCAGGAGCACUUCGACGAGGCGUCCUAUUACUUCGAGAACGGGCUGCGGAAGGUGUAUCCUUAUUACUAUGACUUCGUCGGUGGAUUGGAAAGAGCCUCCAGGAGGUGUUUAAAAGCGAGUUCAGAGCUAAGAGUAUGGAGUAUUUUGAGAAGGCGARCGAGGAGGGUCGUAUCCGGCUGAACGAGACCCCCGUGAAGGACCUGACCGUGAUUCUCAGGAACAACGACCACAUGAGGAACACGGUCCACCGCCACGAGCCACCUGUGGUCGGCACGCCCCUGAAGAUUCUGGUGGACGACGGCGAAGUCCUCGUGGUCGACAAGCCUGCGUCCAUCCCCGUCCACCCCUGCGGUCGGUUCCGCCACAACACGGUGAUCUUCAUUCUGGGCAAAGAGCACGGCAUCUCUGAGCUCCACGUGGUCCACAGGCUGGACAGGCUGACCUCCGGAGUCCUGCUGUUCGCCCGGACGCUGGAGACCUCGAGGAAACUCGAUCAGAUGGUGAGAGACAGACAGCUUGAAAAGGAGUARGUGUGUCGAGUAGAGGGUGAGUUUCCUGAGGGCGAGCUAAUAUGCGAGGAGCCCAUCUUGGUGGUCGCCUUUAAGGUCGGCCUCUGCAGAGUCGACCCAAAGGGGAAGGAGUGCCGAACCGUUUUCCAGAGGCUCAGCUUUAAUGGAAAAACUAGCGUGGUCCGCUGCUUGCCCCUCACCGGACGRACCCACCAGAUCAGGGUCCACCUUCAGUUUCUGGGCUUUCCCAUCCUCAACGACCCAAUCUAUGGAUCCCUGGCCUGGGGUCCCCACCGGGGCAAAGGGGGGCUUAUUGGGAAGAGCGACGAGGAGCUGCUGCAGGCCUUAAUGGAGGAGCAUCGCUCUCAGGAGAACUCAAACCUGCUAGAGCUUCUAGAUGACUGCACCGGGGUCACGAAAGAUUCAGAGAAGUCAUCAGAGAAAACGGACAAGUCAAGUAGUCUUUCUGAACCCGUCGACAUCAAAGAAACAAUUCACCCAAAUAUGAACAAAACCUCUGCUGAAGAGUCUCUAAAUUCAACUAAAACAACCGAGAGUCCAAACAAAGCAGACGGCACUCCUCAGAAAACUCCUCCAGAGACCCGAGACCACCUGUGCAGCGACUGUAAAAUAGUGCGGCCGGACCCCACUAAUAAGGAGCUGGUCAUGUACCUCCACGCUUUACGCUACAAAGGACCCGACUUUGAAUAUUCAACACAGUUACCCGUCUGGGCCAAAGAGGACUGGGUGGAAACAGAGUAAAUCUCUUCUAACGGACGUGACUGAUCAUGGUUUUGUUUUGAUUGUUUUGAUUCUUUUCUCUUAUUGUUUCUCAGCUGAGGUUUAAUGAGCUGAAGUUUUGUUUUGCUGCUUAAAAUAAUUUAUAUUUAAUGCAUUUUCCUUUGAGGAAUGUGGUGGUUGGCUGUGAUCUGCUGAUAGAACAAAAGAACUGAAAUAAACAUUUGCA